UCCCUAGAGAUGAUUUUUAAAUUAUUUAUUACGGUUUUGAUACUAGCAGUUUGUGAUGCGGGUGUCAGUCCGGUGAAUGAAAAGGCUAAAGGCGUCAGACAGAAGAGAUUGUUGUUUUACGAUGAGGACGGCAACCUAGUAAAGACGUACAAGAACCCGUAUUCCCUGGACUUCAUACAUAAUGCUGAGAAGGCGCCUUUCUUUGGAUCCUUCUUCAACAUGUUUCGUGUAAGUAUAAGUAAUAAUAAUUUUGCCUACAUGAUCCCGGUAUCCGACCAGGUCAUCCAGCAGAUCAACUCCGACCCAGUCUACCAGAACAAACUCCUCACUCUUCCUCGAAAAGACCUGCUGAUCGAACCUAACCCUCAAUGCAGUGGGAAGAGAACACAGAUUCCUUCGAAGAGUUGUAGGAACUUCCUCAACUGCUGGGAUGGAUGGGCAUUUGAACAGGAGUGCCCUGAAGGUCUGCUGUUUGCGAAGGAGGGGUAUUGUGACUACCCGCAUAAUGUUGAUUGCAGUACCAGGAAUGAACCAACCCAGUCUCAGUCGGGCCCCAUUCCCAUUAUGAUGCCUGCUCUGGUUCCUGCGCCCGCUCCGAUUCCUUCGCCUGCUCCGGUGGCUUCGCCUGCUCCGGCGGCUUCGCCCGCUCCGGCAGCUUCGCCCGCUCCGGUGGCUUCGCCCGCUCCGAUGCCUCCGCUUGCUCCGAUUAUUUCGCCGGCGCCAAUACCUUUGCCUGUAACUUUUUGCAGCAAAGACUUCGAAGCAUUCCGAAGCGAGCAGUAUUGUAAUGAAUUUUUCGUAUGUGUUGACCGCACACCAGUUAAAUUCAGGUGCCCUGCUGAUCUGGCUUAUAAUCAGGAGCUAGGCGUCUGCGACUACGACUACCGAGUGAACUGUGGUCAGUCUACCAUGAAGCUUGACGAUGCAGCUCCGAAGCCCGUCGCCUGCGCUUCCGCCCCUGCCGACGCUGCUUCCGUGGCUGCUCAGCCUGCUGCAAGCCAGGGGGCUCCGGCUGAUAUGACGACUGUCCUCACUAGCAGUACUGAGUUUAAUACUCAGAGCUGGUCGUCUUCACACGUGGCUAUAUCUCGCCAGGACGCCAUCCGUCAGCUGAACCUUGCACCCAAGACUCGUGGAGGUCACCCGUUAAUUGUAUAACUUAUACUAUUUCACAAGUUAUUCUACUAUUUAUAUAAG